CUUCUCCAGCUGAUGUUUUGGGCACCGGUGUACAGGCGCAAGCAAGCCGCGUGGUGUGAAGAAGAAGCAAAGGGCACAUGGCCGAGCUAUCCCUCCCUUCUUCGACGAAGCUGUUGAGCUGAAAUGUUUAGUAUAUAGAUGUUCUAAGACGCUUGCUCUGGUCUGGGUUUAUGCUUAAGCUUGGCGUCAAAUUCAGAGUGAGGUAUCUUCCCCAAAGCUGGACAGACAUGCCUCCAUAACUUCUUCUCUACUGUUCUGUAGAACAAUUCAAAACAGAGAAACCACCGGCAGCUUAUCGAAUGAAGUAUGACAAGUCACCGGCCAUGAGCGAGAGAGAGAGAGAGAGACUUGACCGAGUAAAAUCUACAUCACCGCAUGCCCCAUAAGAUUACAGGAAAAACAACAUGGCAGGGUUUGUUGUUUCCACAGAAGCAUUUCUUCAAACACCAUGGCGAAACAUUGACAAGAACUUCUUGUCCCUACCUUUGAAUCUACCGAUAUAUUUGAAGCUAGCGAAUCAUCCAGCAGAGUUGUACGGUUGCUGAUUAACGCUCAGAAGAAGAGGUCCCACUUAACAUUAAAGCGCUUCGGCCCAAGUCCACUGGGUGAUGAAGCAGCACUUGGUGGAAGUGACGUAGUUACAGGGGCCACGUCGUCCUGGAAACUCGUCAAGGUGACUCGAUCCUUCCAGUACCAAGGUAUGUUUCCACUGGCAGGGCCCGCACGAGGGAGUCUCGUCGCAUCCAACGCGGCUUGGAUCCCCGCACUCGUAGCAACGGUCACAUGACGGCGUAGAUCUCGUUUCGAUUUGCUCCUCCCAAGUCAAAACCCAUUCAAACGCUGACACCGCCAGCCGCAUCCGAAUCUAUAUGCCAACUAAAGGGAAUCCCAAAAAUAUCGACCUUCCAUCAGCGACCCAACCAUUAAGUCCGGCCUCGCUUUAGGAACCUUUCCAUGGGGAAAGAGGUGCAAUGAUUUCCAUGCACAGAGUACUAUAAUUAAGACACUACGCAGUAGCGGUUCAGAAUACAGCAGCUCACCUUCGUUGGGCAGUCACCGCAGCAGCAGAGAGCCUCUGGCCACACUCGCCUCUCCAACAAGAGAAGAAUGCAUCGCCAAUCCCUGGGAUCGCCUGGCGCUUCCGGAGGAGAUGGGAAGGAGGAGAAACGGAGGAGCAUUAUCGGCGCCUCUGGAUCUGCGGUUACGGCGCCGCCGGAGAAGCCGGAGGCGGCUUUCGAUGCGGACAAGCUGAUCCGGACGAGCACCAGGGCGGACAGGUCCAUCCAUCUCAUCCCCGUCUUCACCAUCCUCUGCCUCGUCGUCCUCUACUUCUUCUCCCACGAACCCACCCACGCAGAUCUUCAAACCUUCAGCGGCCCCGCCCUCCGCUUCGACACCAGAGAUGCGGUUUCGGGGACGGAGACGGGAGGCGUAACGUCAGCAGCGAUUCACGAGAGCCAUCGGGGAAUGAAGGCAUCGGCGGCAGCCAGGCGGCUGCGCCACCGAAAGCUUAAGAGCACCUAGCUCUCCCCCCGCCACGUGCUGCGCACGUGGCUGGUUCCUUUGGGGAUUAGCUGAAGCUUUAUCUUAAUUGAUUAGCUGGUUAAGGGAGGAUUUUCCCACAAAUGUCUGAUAAGGAAGCACUAAUCGUAAUUAGUGCUUUCUAUCUCUUCUUUUCCCUUUCUUUUUCUGGUUUGAUUUCCCCAAGCUUGGAGCAGAAGAUUUCGUCUUAUCCAGCCAGCUAAACGAUAGCGCAUAUCUCGAGGAAUCCGCAAAAGAAAUAAAAUGGGCGGUUGCUAUUAAUCCUCUGUUCAUCUGCACGACCAUUAAAGCAUGCUCAUCUUAUGGUUGUCCAUAUGCCUUAACGUGAUGGGGAGUAAUUAGAUUCAAUCGGGCCUUCUUUCCCAGAAGCCCAGAGAAGCGACGCCUAAUAUUUCACUUCAGCUGAAACAUUUGACCGUGUAAUAUCCAACACAAAUCCAACUAUUAGAACACUCACGUUAGCUUUACUGGAUUGUGCGUAGUAUCUUCGAGCGACUAAUGCUGAGGAAGCUACCGGUGGAACAAGUUGCAGCUUUCGACGUUGUGAAGCUACACACCUUUGCAUCAAAGCUGUGAAGCUCGUUAUAAAUCUUGACUGAACAUUUUGAAGAUUCAUUCAGUAGGAGUCUAUCAAUCAGGAAUAUCAUCUCUGUUGUCAUAUGCGAGUUUGAGGCCAUAGAUGAUCUCUCCCCUGAUGUAUUGGUUCAGCCGAGAGAGUCAUCGGAAUGAUGAAGCCUGCAAGGAGGAAGAUGACCCUCAUGAGAUAAGGACACCCAUUCAGAAUUAUGCAGGCUCUCACAGUGUGUUUGCGUGGAGAUCAAGAAAGGCGUCGAUCUCUUUGAUCACCACAGAAUAGUUUAUGAGAGCUCUGCAUGCCGGAAAAAAUCUUACAAGUUGGAGCCCACGAACCCUCUUUGCAUGUUUGAGUAAACGAACAAACUCAUUGAGCUCAUUGUUCUUCAAUCAGUCGUCAUCCAUGUCAAAUGGCAAUCACUGUCACUUCGGAGCGCCGAUGCAGAUGGACUAGCUUCCACGGUUUCCCCAAAUGAUUAAAGAGACAAGCAUGCAGUUUCUUUCAUCCCGAGUCCGAUGUAUUUUUAGCUGCUGCUUCUUUAUUUGCUCGUGUAUCUAUUUGGUCAGGAGAUAGAUUUGAUGUGAUACGACAUGU